AUGGGUCCCAUUCUCGGGUUACAGUGUCAGCUCUGUUUAUUGUCUGAUGUUAUUCUUCGCCGAGUUCUAACAAAUGUAAACCAAAACGAAGCCGUAUUUUCUCAAUCUUGGAAACCAUCCUACAUCCUCUUAUCACGCGAAGAGCAUCCUGGUCAAAUGGUGCCUGGCAACGCCCCAAAGAAAAUAACAGCGGGGAUUCGAUGUUACUCAAUGCGGCACGGCGGCGUGUUGUUUUGGAUAUGUAUACUUAUUGUUCAAGAAAGCCGCACAAAGAUGUUGUAUAUAGAGGGAACUGAUAGCAGCAAAAGAAUCUUCGUGCAAUCGGGAGAGAAUUUAGCAUUAACUUGUGUUUACACUGGGUUCUUCACCAGUGGAAUUGAUUUUGAGUGGUUUAUUCCAUCAUUGCCCAACGAACCGGUGACGUCUAACGCAAAAACAAACGUCUAUUGGCAAGACGAAAUCAACAAAAAGAAGUUUGUUCUUCUCGUACGAUCCAUAUCGACCGACGAUUCUGGAAGGUACACGUGCAGAAUGGGACGCCAAGAUGGCGAUCGAUUUCUCGAAAUGGCAAGAGCUGAGACCGAGGUCACCGUAGAACGAAGCAUAAUAACUACUGACUGUCCUAACGAGCAGUGGAUUCCAUCAAGAUCAGGAAAUCGGACAACCCCCUUUCAAGAAUCAGUUCUUAUUCGUUGUGUGAUACAAGCGCUACCACCACCAUUAAUACACUGGAGAUUCCGAGGUAAAGAGCUAUCAACUGGACCACACUAUACAACGUCCGUGAGUGGACUGAGGAUAUAUGGCCCGACGGAGGCAGACGGGGGAUUAUACACAGUUAUUGCUCGUCAACCAAAACACACAGCAGUUUUUGAUAUACAAGUCCGAGUGUUCAGCCGACCACGCAUAAGCCAUGGACCCGUCAUUCUCGGACCCUACAAGGACGCGGUGGUCUCAGACCGUGAGGCCUACUUGCAGUGUCUGGCCUCUGGUUAUCCAACACCAACUGUGCACUGGUAUCGUUCAAACGACCCACAGACAGAGCUACAGCGGCUCGAUCCCCACAAGUACUUCGUGAAUACAAACAGCCAGGUUGGAACACUACGCAUUGCCCGGGCUCAGUACCCUGACGAUUCGGAUACGUAUAUAUGUCGAGCUAUGGUCUCCGUGCCGGCAAUGUACGAACGGUGGUCAAACGAUGUGAUCGACGAAGCAAGACUGAAGGUUAACGUAACACUUUCACCAAGGUUGAUACGACUGACCACGAUGGACAGAUUUGUUGACAAAGGUGAUACAGUCACUGUGCAGUGCAAGGUUCGCGCUACGGAUCCAUUAAAACUGUAUUACGAAAAAUUCGGAAGCAACAGGUCCUUCGCUCCUGGGGUACAGCCAAACGACCCGCGCAUCAAAGUGUGGAUGGAAAUUGACCAAGAGGACCAAUUGAAUCAUAACCUCUACUUGACUAUUCAAAACACUACCCACGAAGAUACCUGGAAUUACACAUGCCACGCUCACAAUGCUGGGGAUAGUCGGUUCUGGAAUACAACUAUCCGCGUGGUGGAACGUCCUCAAAUGAUUCCUGCGAUUGGAUUGCCAAGCACUGAUGAAAGGGGCUUGCUGCGCUUUGGAUGGCGUCACAAUGCGACGAACUUGUCCUGUUCUUCUUUUGGAAUGCCACACCCAACAUGGACGUGGUAUCGAAGAGGAGAGCAAAUUUUAAACGCCGUGAAUUCCACAUUUACCAUUAUUUCUUGGGAUCAUUGGAACUGGAGUCAGUCGUGGUUACAAGUCCGACCCUGUCGUCACACGGAACACUUCAUCUACGAUGAGUACGUCUGCAAGGCUACGAAUAUCCGCGGAACUAAUGAGAGCGCAAUACGCUUUGAAAGAGCUUCGGUACCUGGACAACCAACGCUUCGUGGAUACAUCGUCACGCAAUCAACUCUUGAAUUAUUCGUGGAUGAGCCAAAAAAUACUGGUGGAUUACCCGUAACGGCGUACGAACUGCUCUACUCUGCUUUUGGAGGCCCAGGACGCUGGUACGGCCCGGUCCUAUUUCCGCUGGAUGCGUCGCUAGACAGCGGUUCGCCUCGAUUUCGUCUCCAUGGUCUUGUUGCUGGCACUGGCUAUCAGCUGAAACUGUCUGCUCGGAGUAUUGUGGGCAGCGGAACGCCUCUUGGAUUCUUUGUUCAAACCUCCGAGAGCACCCAGCCUGGUCCAGUUGAACUCAUUCAACGGACCUACGCUACGGAUCCUUACAGUCAUGUGAUUCAAUGGAAGACUCCCUUGAAUGGUGGACUGCCACUCACUGGCUACCGGAUUCGGCUCCGACCCGUUCGGCUCAACCAGAAUUCAGCUCGAAGUGAACUAAACCCACAUCGAACAGUCGUUGGUUCGGGACCAUGGUGCGAAAUUACCCCGGAGUUCAACAAUCCAUACUUGAAUUACUAUCACUUUACAAAUCUCGAUCCAGACCAACUAUACCAGAUCAUUGUGGAGGCUGUUAAUGAACGUGGGCGGUCUCUUGAUGGAGUGAAUACAGAUGAUUUCGGCUACCUCAACCGGACACCAAGCAAGCGUCCAGUUGUAUACUCCUUUAUAGACAGCAUCGACCAGGCACCGUUUCCGCAUGAUCUGGUUCCGAUUUGGUCCCUGUUCCGCACUCCUGUUGGUGAUGAGCUCGGUCGACCACCCAGGGUCUUUGGUCGAGGUCCUGUGUUGUACAUCGCACUUUUCAUCCCUUCAGUCUGUUGUUUUUCUAGUCUCAUCAAUUACCUUAUCUUUUUCUAG